GCGCCCCGCGCUUCCGCCCGGCGUUCGGUGCCGUAGGCGGAAGCAGCGGCGCGGCCACGGCCAGAGGCGGGGGCUCGGGGGGUUCCGUGAGGGGCGAGCACUGCCCGCGGACACUCUCGCGAUCGGCGGCGCCAUGUCGGCGCUCCCGAGGAGCUACAACCCGUUCGCGGAGGACGAGGAGGAGGAUGUGGCGCCGGCGGGCCCCGGCGGGGCGGGCGGCGCGGAGCGGCAGCGGUACCUGCAGCAGGAGGUGCUGCGCCGCACGGCCGCCACCGCCGACAGCACCACCCGCUCCCUGUCGCUGCUCUACGAGUCCGAGCGCAUCGGCGUGGCCGCCUCCGAGGAGCUCGUCCGGCAGGGAGAGGCUCUGAAGCGCACGGAGCAGAUGGUGGAUAAAAUGGACCAGGACUUGAAAACGAGUCAAAGGCACAUCAACAGCAUCAAGAGUGUCUGGGGGGGCUUGGUAAACUACUUCAAAGCCAAACCCCCAGAGAGCAAGCCAGAGCAGAAUGGAGCCCCUGAAUACUAUGCUAACAGCAGGUUAAAAGAAGCAAUGAUGUCUAGUAAAGAACAAGAGUCAAAAUACCAGGAAAGCCAUCCAAAUUUAAGGAAGCUAGAUAAUUCAGACAAUGACUUCAACAAAGCAGAGUUAGUUUCUUCAGUGCAAAGUGAUGCCUACCCAAAGAACCAACAACUGCGAGCUUACCACCAGAAAAUUGAUACCAACUUAGAUGAGAUGUCCUCUGGGCUGAGUCGCCUGAAGAGCCUUGCUCUCGGCCUGCAGACUGAGAUAGAGGAGCAGGAUGAUAUGUUGGAUCGACUCACAAAGAAAGUAGAGACACUGGAUGUCAACAUUAAAAACACUGAUAGGAAAGUCCGACAGCUUUAAAGGAUUUUUAGAAUUUCUUUUGUUCAGUGUUGGUUCAUUCUGAAUGCCUCAUCUCAACCCAAUCUCUUAAAAACCUUGGGCAGUAUCUGUUUCUCCUUUUUUUUCUGCUCUGUUACUGGUUCUGUUGUCAUUAAAAUUACAUAGCCUUAAGUCAGCACAAUACUUUACAUUUCCUCUUAGUCUACAUGGGAAAAGUGCAUGUGGAGAGGAAUCCCCCAGCACUGGGUCAGGGAGCCCCCUCAGUUGUGUAACCACGUUGUGUGUGUGGAGGGAUUCACACUCCACAGAGCUGUAGUGUCCUUGGCUGGGAGUGUGAUGAGGAAAGGAACUGCACUUUUGCCUCUGUUUUGGGGAGGGGGCAGGGGAAACAGAAUGUGCUGCUUUGUUCAGAAGAAAUGUUGCUAAUUCUGUUUACCUACAGAUAUGUUAAAUUCAGAAAAAAUGCUGAUUUCCAGCUGCAAAAAUAUUUUUAAGUGACUGUUCUGCAGCAUUUCUGAGGCUUAAGGAAUGGACUGUUCUGUGGAAGUUGUAAAAUAUCAAGGGUGUCAUGCAGCAAUGGUAAUAUCCUGUGUGUGUUCCCUUUCCUAAGAUGAUUUUGCCCAAAUGGUGCAUCCACAAAUUGUGGUUUUUAUGUUUGGGUAACUAAAUGCUUUUGCUUUUACAGUCUUGUCAGUAAAGAUCUCUAAGGGUAUCUUCUGGUCUGCAAGAAAUGUUCAUUGACAGUGACCCAAAAUGUUUGGGUAACAAAAUCAGGACUUAAAUGUGUGUGCUCUCAAAGAUUCUUUUGCAGAAAUGGUCACCAUCUGUUUUUAAUUUUCUGCUGUUUCUCACCUAUUCAUUUAGGUGGUUAUUUGAAAAAUCAGCUUCCAUUUCAGAAAUGGAGAGUUGAUCUGAUAGCACAAGCAGAUUGUAGAAGACUAUUCUUUAGCAUUUAUUUCAGAUGUGAUUACAGCUGGAGCAGAUGCUGGGCUUUGCUAAUUAAUGUGAUUGUUAAGAAACUC